AUGACUCUUUUACAAAAAUUUGACAAGAUAGUUACUAGUAAGAUUUCGAUAAUGACUGAAACAGACAUACAAUCAAAUCAACAACAACAACAACAACAGAAACAGUCUGAUCUUUUACAAAAGAAACAGCAACAACAAUUGUCAAGACCAUCAAGUUUAACAUUCUCAAAGAAAUAUAUGAAACAAUCAUGUUCUUCUUCUAUAUCUUCUAAUGGAAAUGGAUCUAAUAGCAAUGGAAAUAACAAUAAUAGCAGUGGUGGUAGCAGAUCAUCAAUGUCUGUUUGGAGAACUGUAAAUAAAAUAGCAUUAAAAGACGAUGAACACAUGCAGAGUAAAUUUCAGAAUCGUAUCGAUAAGAUGUAUCCACCUGCAUACUCUUCCAAUAUUAGACCGGAGCAGGAAGUGAUGCUUCAACAAUGUAAGGAUGCAAUGGAAUGGGCCGUGGUAUUCCCGGAUUCCUCACAUAUUCUAACAGCGCUUUCAACCCUCAAGAGUUACUGCAUCUUGAAAUACCCACUCUCCAAAGAUGACGCUGAACUAUUCAUCUCCAACCUCUACACAAUCUUGAUUGACCAUUGUAAAAUGAUACCUCUAACCACCUCUGUCUGUGCAUAUCUCUUUGCUUUAUUACGUGAUGCAAGACAACAAGUUGAUAUAAUUAUUGAAUGGCGUCCAUUGUUUAAUUUGUUUAAGGAGGUUUAUAAUAUACCAGAGAGAGAAUCUACUUUUAUUCAUGUGAAUGAAACCGAUAUAAGCAAGUUGAAGACCAAUCUCAAUGAGUUGAUUGCAACGAGUAGACCGUUCUUCUCUGUCGAUUCGUUCAAAGAGAUUCAGGAUGAAGUUCACGAUUGGUUCUGUCCGCAUGCGAUCUCUAUUUUCCACGGUGUCUACGUGUUGGCCUACUUCUUGCCGACUCACCACUUGGUGGAGUUGCGUGAGGUUCCCAGCUGGGUGAAUCUCUACUUUACGUUCUGGGAGUACGUGGAGAACAACGCCGAUUGGGACGAACGCUGGCUCUAUGUGUUCCUGAGAGUCGUGAAGCAUGCGACCGCCGUAGACUGGCGACCGGUGGCAUCGCGUAUCUACACCCACUUUAUUCGGGUGAUCGAUCUCUCCAUCGGUAACCCAAAGUUUGCGCACUUGAAGCCAACCAAACACAACAUCCCUGCCAGCGUUAAGAUCGCACACGAAGAGUGUCUGGAGUAUACAUUCAUGGGUGCAACUGUCAUUGCUCUGCUCAGACACGAUACCAUGGAUCUCUUUAAGAAACUAAUGUCAUCGAUCUCCACCUAUUAUCAUCCAAGUAAUCAUGGUGAAUGGACAAUGCCAAUUCUUGAAUUCCUAUCAUCUAUUUGUCAUGCAUUUGUAAAAAAUCAUUUAAAAAAACCAUUCCCAGCUGAAACAUUAAAUCAAUUCCUUGAAACUAUAUUCCCAAUUGUUUUAUUAACACUUUAUUCUAAAAACAAAAACUAUACUCUUAAUGCUUGUAAAAUAUUAAAGGAACUUGCUUAUAUUUCGCCAAGAACCAUUCUACCAUCCAUUUUAGAUAGACUAUAUGGAUCUGUAAAUAGUGAAGAAUUGAAUCGUUUAAUUAGUGAAUUAGAGGUUGUUUCAACAUGUUUCCAUCCUUUAAUUUCACAAACCGAACAAUUCCCAGAGGGUAUUUCACAUGUCUAUAAUCUUAUGGAGUUGGUAAUGAAUUCAAUGGAUCCUACCUAUCCAAAUAAAUCAUCUGCCGCUUUUAAAUUCAUUUAUAGAAUUUUCACAUGUAUUCCACUUAAUGAUGAAACUGUUUACACUGAUCAAGAAACAUUUUCAAAUGAAUAUGAGAAACAAGCAUCACUCUCAACUGCAUCAUUUUUAGAUUGGUCAUUACUUUUACUUGAUAAAUUAUUAGUUUUUAUUAAAAACAGUGCAGUAAAGAAAGAUGUAAGUGGACAUAAGAGAAAGAUGCCAUCCGGUACUUUUUUGGGUGAAAACAUUGAUUUGUUUUUCAAUCAAAUGUCCGACGAGAUCUAUGAUGCCGUCUUGGAAAAGUUGGCACACUUUUUCAGUAAGAGCUACUACCCCGACUACUACAAGCAAUAUAGCUUGUUGUUAAAGUCUGCGACUCUUCGUAAUCCCUCCAAGUCAUUGGCUACGUUCCUACCGAUUUUCAUCAAGAAGAUCUUCAAGUACUCCGCUCACGACGACAAGUAUAUGAUACGUGAUCUCACCGAUGAGGAGUACGGAUGGUACAUCUCGCUGAUUGGCUACACCGUUUUCAAAUCGGGCAAUGCUAUGCCAGAGCACAAAGACACCCUGAUUCGCAUUUGCAAAGUGAUGAUGGCAUCCGAUAACAGACUGAUAGUGAAGCACGUCUCGAAAAUCAUUCGAAAGGCUAUCUACUCACUCACCCGUUACUAUCCAUCCAACAACACCUCCAUCCCAAUCUCACUGCUCUCUGAGCAGAAAUCACACAUCAAAUAUUGGGGCAAGACCAACGAAGAUUGUUUCCCACUUGAAUGGUUCCAACCAACUGAGAAUACCAUUCAAAUGUCAAAGGAAUUGAUUCAAAUAUUCGUUAAAGAUAGAUCUAAAGAGUUAUUAGAUUAUGUUAAUGAAAUUAAUAAGGAUAAUUCAUUAUUUAAUAGAGUAAAGUUAUUAAAUUAUGCUAAAUCAUUUUCAAGUAUAAUGAGAACAACUAUAUUCUUGUUGAACGAUGAUGUGUUGGAUCCAAAUCGUACUGUCGAUGAUUGUAAAUAUAAUCCGACUCAGCGAACUGUUUCACAUGGUAGAGUUGUCAUACCGGAAUUCGAUGGUCUAGUCGUUGAUAUCUAUCAAACAUUCAAUCAACUCCAAACUCUAUUGGAAUCAAAGAAGAGUGAUGAAGUUCAUAUUCUCAAGUAUAUUGCAAAGACCUAUUCAGCACUUGGUUUCGGUGUACGUGAUAUUCCAGAUAGAAACUCUGAUGUAUUGUUCAGUAAAUGGAGAAAUCUAAAGAAAUUGAAAUCAAGAAAUUAUAUUGUUUUCAAAGCAUAUAAAGCACAUUUACAAAGACAAACAAAUAACUAUGCAAAUAUACCGGUUUCUAAAGUUUGUAGAGAUAUUUUGUUUGAUUUAAAGAGUCUUUCUUUGCACAGAUACAAAGAGGUUAGAAAGAUAGCUCAGGAUUCUAUUCUUUCGAUUGUUAGACAUCAUCCAGGUGCUCAGAAUGUCAUUGUUGGUGAUUUGGUCAAUACGUAUAUCGAACAGAAAUCGGAUGAAGAAGUUUGUGGUACCGUUCACUUGUUGCUCGCCAAGCAAUUCCUCAAGACGAUCAAGACCAACUUUUCAUAUUUCGUCAGACUCGCCAGUUCCUUUAUGGCGCCUUGCGAUCCAAAGUUCAAGACAAACACACGUCACUACAUCUUGCAUUUCAAGCAGGAGUUUGUGCUGUCAAAGAUCGAGACACUCAUUCACAGACCGCACACCCAGCUGAUGUUGGGACAUGUCGAGAAUCACACGAUCGUACCGAGUGAGAUCAUUGCCAAACAAAAGGCAUUCAUCGACGAGAAGAACUCAGAGAACUACGAGCUUCUCAAGACAUUCUCUGAGAAGAUCUGUGAUUGUUUCACCCAGAGAAAAGAUACAAUGACUUGGAGAGAUCAUCUCAUUCUUCAAUCCUACUUGACCUAUGCAAUGUCCACCUUUAUCAAACAACUCGGUCGUGAUUCCAACAUGAAACUAGCCGAGAACGUCAGUAAAUUCCGUAAUGACGUUCAAAUAUUCUUGGGUGCCUACGAUAGAAUAUUUAAUAAUAUGAAUAGUGAUUAUCCAAUUUCUAGAAUUUUAUCUGUUAAUAUAAUAUCAUUAUUCCAAAUACAAGAUUCAACAUUUGGUCAUAAAGCAUAUGAUGAUUUCUGGUUGAAACCUGUCAAAUCAAGUGCUCCUCCAAAGCUUGAUAUUCCAGAGUUGGCAGCAAAGGUGGUGUUUAGUUUGAUGGCUACACGUAUCAAGACUAUCGUUACUCCUACAUUUUUGGACAAGUUGCUAAAGUAUUUCUGUGUUGACAAUGAUUCCGAAGGUCAAAACGUUGGACUUGGUCUAUCGACAAAGACAAUCACCCCACUCUGGCCAUCGACACGUCAUGGUAUUCCUUCGAAUUGCUUCAAGAUACAGUAUGCUCGUUUGUUCUUUGAGUUGGUAUCGGUGAUGGGUGACAGUUUCUACGAUAUGAUUAAACCUCACAUUGAAGCACUCAGAAAGAAGAAUGACAAAGAGGAACAGUAUCUCUUGUCAGAGAUUAUCAGUGGAUUGGCUAGAUUCUACACCGUUACACCGGAUCAACCUAAAUCCAAAGAGGCAAUCUCCUACAUCUCCGAGGUCUUGUUGAACGCUCUCAAGAAUUGCUCCAACGAUUUGAACGAUACAUGGGGUAUCUGUAUCAGAUACAUUGCGUUCAACACCAAAGUCGAAAGAGUACAAUGGCUAUCGGAUACUCUGUUCAAGUUGUACGAGAAUCCAUUGAAUAUAUUCUCACAGAGCAAAUCAAUCAAAUUCCUCAAGGCAUUGCUCUUUGAAUUCACUUUCAAGUCAAAGGAUUAUUUGGAUCGAUUGCUACUUAUCAGUCACAAAGGAUUGUCCGAUCCAUACAAACAGAUCAGAGAUGAAAACUACAGAUUGUUCACUCAUGUCUUGGUAUAUCUUGUAGAGUACCAAGAAAAGAAUGGUGAUAUCAUUACUUUGACACCACCAAAGCUACCGGUGGAAGCAGUCGAUUGUAUCAAUUCAAUUGUUGCCGAUGCAACCAACGAAGAACUCCCAAUUGAGACAAGAACUAUCAUCAAAGAAUCACUCAUCUCUGUGAUUGAAUUCACUUUCUCCAAAGGUUAUUCCAAUGCACUAUUGAGAAUGGUUCCAACACUCCUGCCAAAGAUCCUCCAGUUCACUGCUGAUACCAAUCAAGAGAUCAUGAAGAACUCAAUGAUAUGUGUUGCCUCAAUGGCACAAGGGUUCUACUACGACCACAACCUAAUCACUGAAAUACUAGCCAAGAUCAAAGAUCUAAAGACAUCAUCUUGGAGAGUGAGACGUUCGAUUCUACCAUUCCUUCAGAUUCUCUAUUUCAAUCAUUCCAAUUUCUUUACACCCGAACAAUCCGACACUGUCUACAGUAUUGUUAUUCAAUCGACUGGUGAUUCACAGAUUGAAGUAAGAGAGUUUGCUAAAGAUACAUUGGCAUCUAUUUUAAUGUCAUCACGUGGUCACACCGAUAGAAUUAGAAAUCUUAUCUCCAAUGCUAUUGCAGAGUUGGGUUCAUCGAAAGCAACAUCUGAGAAUGUCCUCCAGAAACAUAAAUCCAUUCUCAUUCUCAGCGCAAUCAUCCUGUCAAGUCCAUACCAAAUUCCAUCUUAUUUCCCAGAGAUUCUUGGUGUACUCGCCAGAUACAGAAGCUCAAUCCAACCACUUAGAGACACUGUACAAUCUGUACUCUCUGAUUUCUGGAGAACUCAUAAAGAUACAUGGGAAGAAGAGAAACUUUCAUUCUCUGAAGAACAAAUUGAAUUAAUUCAUGAUACAGUUGCUUAUCCUAGUUAUUAUGCAUAA